CGGACACAAUAGUACGUCAUUUCCGCUUGUGCAAUCUACACUUCCGUCCUGUUCAGGAAACCAUAACAAUCAUGGCGACGUUCGCACAGUUUGGAAGGUUGCUCGGUGUUUCAGCGAGACUUUUAAGACCGCUUGCUAGCAGAGGCUGUCCAACCUCUGGAUUUCCCUCACAAGCAACACGAGUCUCAAACAGAAUGCCACAAAACCCCAUUUGGGUUAUUCCUGGACGAACAAUGUUUGUGCAGACGCAGGACACGCCUAAUCCAAACAGCCUGAAGUUUCUGCCUGGCCGUAUAGUUCUUGAAGAAGGAACUAUGAAUUUUGCAGGCCCUCGUGAAGCAUACUGCUCCCCUUUAGCCAGGCAGCUCUUUAGGAUUGAUGGAGUUAAAAGUGUUUUCCUGGGCCCAGAUUUCAUUACCAUCACAAAGUCUGACGCAAAUAUGGAAUGGAAAGUAAUAAAGCCAGAUGUAUUUGCUGCCAUCAUGGACUUCUUUACUUCUGGACUUCCAGUCGUCAAUGAGGACAGCAAGCCCAGCGCAGACACAGCACCAUCCGAUGAGGAUGACGAAGUGGUUGCUAUGAUCAAAGAGCUUCUGGACACUCGAAUAAGGCCAACGGUGCAGGAAGACGGCGGCGAUGUCGUCUACAGAGGAUUUGAGGAUGGAGUAGUUAAGCUGAAGUUGCAAGGCUCAUGUACCAGUUGUCCCAGUUCUAUAGUUACGCUGAAGAACGGCAUCCAAAAUAUGCUCCAGUUUUACGUACCUGAGGUUGAAUCGGUGGAACAGGUAAAGGAUGAUGAGGAUGAAGAGGCUGCUCAAGUGUAACAAACUGAUUCCAAAGCUUUAUUACAUUUUCUUCUUUUCCCUCCUUUUUUUGUUGAUUUAUACUCAACAUAGCGUAACAUGCUAUACCACAGUUGUGCAGAAAUACAUGUUUUUAUUUCUAGAUCUUAAUUAUUUUAAUUGCUGUUAUUUGCUUUGUCAGUAUUUCAGAAGAAUUUGCAAAAUGACCGAUCACUAACAGAAAGAAAUUGUACAGUUUAAAUCACUUGUAUUUACAAUUGUAUUUAUUCUUUCAUUAUGUUACAUUUCAGCAAGCCUUCAGCUUGAAAACACAACCUGUGUAAUGUAUAUUAUAAUACAAUGUAUCUGUAUAAAUAAAGUUUGUUGAAAUAA